AUGCCCCAGCAAUUCCAAAUCAGCCUUUCACUUUCUUAUGUUCACGUGAGACUAGUGUGGCAGAAGUCCGCACUCAAGACUACAUACGCUGUGCCGCAAGGCUUCACCGAAAACCAAGUCUUUGCAACUUCAGGAGACAGGCCGGGCUCAUUUUGGAGGUUUUCCCACGGUAUCAACCUCUUUGGCUUCAGAGGAAGCGGGGUCAUCAACGUUAUAAGAAUCCCGAUUGUCGUUCAAGCCGUACGAGCAGGCAUACAGUAUCUACCGCCCUGUGGCUGGCGAUCAACCAACCCACCACAUGCUCUUGUCGUGGUGGCAGGUGAUACUGCUAUGAAGGUACACUCCUGGCCCGGUCGUGGUCUGAGUAGUGGUGUCAAGUCAGCUAUCGCACGGGGGGACGAAAUCGUCCACGCGCUCAAUGGGAGCAGGUUCGUCGAAUUCCAUCUUACUGCCAUGGACCAGUACAAUGACUUCACCAUGAAACUUCAGGACAGCGAGUAUGACAAUCGCAUCAUUCCACUCUUGAACCAGUCCGGUACCCCAAAAGUCUUGAGCUGGCUCCUAAGCAAAGCGAACACCGUGACUGAUGACGUGCCUGAUAAAACUGCGACUGAAUGGCCAGUGGUGGCCUUGGCCCAGAUUGAAGAGCAGCUGGAACAGAGCGGCAAUGGGGUGUUUGGACCCGUAUCGAAUGUCGAACCCCAAUUGCGCACCGUCCUGCGACAGAUGGACCCUGCGACGUUUUGA